GCGGCGGGGCCUGCCCCGCCUCCGAGCUCAGCCUUAAAGCUGCGGGCCGCGGGCGAGGAAGUCGAGCUGGCGUGAGGUGGAGCUGCUGCGUUCGUUCUGGAUCCCGUACGUUCAUAAAAGUAUCCAUGGAGACCAGUGAAAACUCAGUGGAUUCAAAAUCCAUUAAAAAUUCAGAAACAAAGAUCUUUCAUGGAAGCAAGUCAGUGGACUCCGAAAUAUUCUUGGACAGUAGUUACAAAAUGGAUUAUCCUGAAAUGGGUUUAUGUAUAAUAAUUAAUAAUAAGAACUUUGAUGAAAGUACUGGAAUGGCAUCUCGAUCUGGUACAGAUGUUGAUGCAGCAGACCUCAGGGAAACAUUCACAAACUUGAAAUAUGAAGUCAGGAAUAAAAAUGAUCUUACAUGCGAGCAAAUUAUGGAAUUGAUGUACAGUGUUUCUAAAGAAGAUCAUAGCAAAAGGAGCAGUUUCAUUUGCGUGCUGCUAAGCCAUGGUGAUGAAGGAGUAAUUUUUGGAACAGAUGGACCUAUUGACCUGAAAAAAUUAACACGUUUCUUCAGAGGGGAUUGUUGUAGAAGUCUAACUGGAAAACCCAAACUUUUCAUUAUUCAGGCCUGCCGAGGUACAGAACUAGACUCUGGUAUUGAGACCGACAGUAGUGCUCAGGAUGACAUGGGGUGUCAGAAGAUACCAGUUGAGGCCGACUUCUUGUAUGCGUAUUCUACAGCACCUGGUUACUAUUCCUGGCGAAAUUCAAGGAAUGGAUCCUGGUUCAUCCAAUCACUCUGUACUAUGCUCAAACAGUACGCUCACAAACUUGAGGUUCUACACAUCCUUACUCGGGUUAACCGGAAAGUAGCAAUAGAAUUUGAGUCUUACUCUCUUGAUUCUGCUCUUCAUGCAAAGAAACAGAUUCCAUGUAUUGUGUCUAUGCUCACAAAAGAACUGUAUUUUUAUCACUAAAGAAAUGCUUGAUUCUUUGUUUUUUAGUUUAUAUGCCAAAGGAGGAAACAGUAUAACUGAUAACUAUAUUUUCCUCUCAUUUAAAUCUAAUCUAAUGCUCCAGGUGGUACUUUGAAACAUGCCACUUUCAUUGUAACAAAACUAUGAAGCUACCUCAAAACGCAGAAUCAGGUAGUUGAAAUCGAAACUUAAUUAGAAAUAAGUAAAAAUGGAUUGUGAUAUGAUUAUAAUGCAAGGAAAUGAUUGCAAAUUAACAGUUUUCAUAAUUAGUGAUGCUGUGAAUUUACAAGUAAUUAUAGAAAAAGUUAAACACUGAAGUUAUGAAUUUCAAUGAUACAAUAUGCACCCAUUUAAGAGUGUGCAUUCUAGUUUUUGUCAAACUAUAGAAAUGAUGAUGUAGAAUAAUGUAUCCUAGAACUUGGGGACCCAUGGACAUGGUCAAAGGCUUGGACACCUUGAUUUAGAACUGGUGUUUGGAGAUAAGUCAACUGUAUUUUUAGAUCUUUUAUCUGAGCGCAUGGUCUUGUGAUGUUUGUCCUGAGCAUGUCUUUGUUGCCAAAAAAUCAUGUCUAAAGUUGAAAAAGAAACUAAAUAUUUUACUUGAGAGAAAGUGUGAGCAAACAAGUCGUCGAUUCUUCUAAGGCUAAAUGCAGCCUGAGUAGAGGGGGACGGCAGUAGAACUCCAAGGUGCUGAAAUGCAGCCUACCCACCAGCACAUGCAUCCUGGCCUUUGUCCCUCUGCAGUCUUGGGCUUCACAUACCAGCAGAAUAUAUGAGGAGCCGUUACGUAAAAACCUCAAAAUGUGGAUCAAACUGGUAGCAGCUGAAUUGAAGAAACUCUAUGGGAAUAUACGAAAAUAGAACUUUGAUAUUAAACUGAGAUUAUAAGGAGGAAACAAUAAAUCAAUCAUCUGGGCACCCUGAGAUCAGAAGAUGAUUUGAGCCUGAGCACAGACACAGCACAGCCUGUGAUGGAGGCAGAGCCAUAGGCCACAGCUUCAGAAAAAGAACUUGUUUCUUCACAGGUACCUGCUGUGCAUGGAGGUUGCCUGCAAGGCAGGAGUCUCCAAGAAAAUGAACCAAAUCAGAAAGUUCUGAAAAGGAAAGUUUCUGAACAUCACAACAAAAAUCAUAGUACUCUGUAGUAAAAUUUUUAGCAUGUUAUUUUCUGUUGAAGUUUACAAUAAAAAAAUGAGACUGUUUGUAAUUACAGACUGAAAUGAAAGGACCUUGGCACACAGAACUUUAUGGAUCCCCCAGCAUUCCCCUGCCGUGGUGCAGCGGGAAGCUGAACGCCAGGGAGGAAGGAGAAGCAGCCCGGCGCCCCCAGGGAGGCUCAGCCCCCUCACCCAGGGAGGGGUUGAGCCGUCCCUGCAUCCUUGUGUCCGGCUAGCACAACUCACUGGUUUUCACUCUGAGCUUCACAUGAGCUUUUGCUCAAAGAAAGGAACUCAUGUACAAAAGUGACAGCUGUUUGUUUCAACUGUGUUUGUAGCUUUUUCUAAAUAAAUGACGCAUGUAAUGGUAUCUUAAGGUGUUUUCCUAUGUAACAAUUUUAUAAGAUUUUGUUGUGAAUUUUUAUUUCAAAAUAUAAACACCAACUUAAAAUUA